AUGAGUGAAAAAGACCAGCCGAGCGCACCUCACACCUCUGUAGUGGUGCCAUCAGCCUUGCAAGCCGGCGGUCUGGGCGGUGCCUGCGGUCUUCUCUAUGGUGGUGUGUCAGGAGUUCUUCAGGCCCGUCAUCCCAUAAUUAAGUCCAUAUCUACUGGGGUCUAUUGGUUUGCAUUUGGUAGCUCGUUUUGGUGGUUGAGGAGUAAUAUCCUUAGAGCUCAAUUUGAAGACAAUGCAACUUCAAGAGAAUGCAUUUAUUCAUCCGUCGCGGCCGGUGGUCUAUCUGGAGGAGCGGUCAAUUGGGCAGUUAACCGACGAUUCCUCCCUGGUCUGGUCGCAUGUUCUAUACUAGGCCUUGUGGGGCAAUAUUCCUACAAUAAGCUUGAGGAACGUCAGACACGACUAGAAUUAGAGCCUGCCUCGUCGAAAACAUGGGCCGAACGGAUAGCAGAUUCCCGAUGGGUACCAAUCAAAAAUUUGUCCGAUGAGCAGUAUAAGAAUAUGCUCCAGGAAAAACUGCUUGGUGUCGAUGUAGAAAUUGCAUUGAUUGAUGACAAGCUGAAAGCAUUGAGGGCGUCUGAUGGCGGAAAAGAGGGCUCAGAUAAAUAG